CACACAUUGACCAGUCACUCUAUAUCUUAAUAAACUGAGGGGUAUUCUUGUAAAUUAUCGCUCAUUGCUUUUCCCAGUUAAGUUUAACAGUACUCUGGAAGACCGGGCUGAGACACAAUCAUCAUCUUCAUCAUCAGAGGGAGGGAGGGAGAGAGAGAGAGAGAGAGAGAGAGAGAGAGAGAGAGAGAGCGCAGAAGAAGCCAGACCGACAGCCCCUCAACUGAAGCGUUUAAUAACAGACGGAAACAUCACCGGCGCAGUACAGUGUGGUUUACAAACGUGGAUUAUGGAGAAGUUACCAACUCAAUUUUAAGAUAAUUUCCAGACUGGAGAAAAGUGCUUAAAUCCCUCGGGAUGGUUAAAGAGUCAUAGCAAGGAAAUUAAUCACACUCCUUAGUAAGGCCCUAAUGGAGAAUGACACCUCCAUCCCCUCGGGCUACGUCCCACAUUACCUUCUUCGAGGGGAUCCCUUUGCCUCUAAGCUGUCCAAGGAGGCAGACAUAGUGGCGGCGUUCUACAUCCUUAUCAUUGGUAUCUUGUCAGCCACUGGAAAUGGUUAUGUCAUAUACACCACCGCCAAACGCAAGAGCAAGUUAAAACCACCAGAAUUCAUGACACUGAAUCUAGCUGUAUUCGACUUUGGCAUAUCAGUCACUGGAAAGCCAUUCUUCAUAGUGUCUAGUUUUGCCCAUCGCUGGCUGUUUGGCUGGCAGGGCUGCUGCUACUACGGCUGGGCUGGAUUUUUCUUCGGAUGCGGAAGUCUCAUUACCAUGACGAUUGUCAGCUUAGACCGCUACUUGAAAAUCUGUCAUUUAAGAUAUGGUACAUGGUUCAAACGGCGUCAUGCCUUUCUCGCUUUGGUUUUCACGUGGAUCUAUGCUGCCUUCUGGGCCACCAUGCCAGUGGUAGGCUGGGGCAACUACGCACCUGAGCCAUUUGGCACCUCCUGCACGCUGGACUGGUGGCUGGCCCAGGCCUCUGUGUCUGGCCAGAGCUUUGUUAUGUGCAUGCUCUUCUUCUGCCUCAUCCUCCCCACUGGCAUCAUCGUCUUCUCCUAUGUCAUGAUCAUCUUCAAGGUAAAAUCCUCAGCCAAAGAAGUGUCUCAUUUCGACACACAGAAUAAGAACAAGCACAACCUGGAGAUGAAGUUGACUAAGGUGGCGAUGUUGAUCUGCGCAGGGUUUUUAAUAGCUUGGAUCCCUUAUGCUGUGGUAUCAGUGGUGUCUGCUUUUGGAGAGCCUGAUUCAGUGCCUAUCCCAGUCUCUGUUGUGCCAACUUUGCUGGCCAAGUCCUCUGCCAUGUACAAUCCAAUCAUAUAUCAAGUCAUUGACUGUAAGAAGAACUGUGCUUCUUGGAGUAAAAAGAAACAUUACAAGACUUCAAGGUUCUACUCCAUCUCUGCCACCCUGAAAAAGAGACCAGCCAAUGAAGUUCCAAUUGAGAUAUGAGCAAAUGACAGGAACUCACAAUGGGCCUGUGAUAGGACACCGGGCAAUUUAUUAUUGUGCAAUUUAGACAUCAACAAUUCACACCACCUAACUUUGCUGUUGUAUACUACUGCCGUCAACUUCACAAACCCUGCAAACACAACUCCUUUUAAUUUGAUCUUUCUGUGUAUAAAAGAAUUAAGUGGUAAAUCUAUUGUAAGUCUAUUGUUUCUCAUUUAGUUUUUGUACAGUAAGUAAACACAUCUAAUUGAAACAGCAUGGUCACAGUCACAGAUAAACAAGGAUAUAUAGAUAAAUAUACACAACAUGAGUGCAUCUACAUUGUUAUUUUUUUAUUAAAUUGAAUAGACACUGAUGCACUAAUUGAGACUAUUGAAUUUUUUUUACAUAAUUAUAAAAUACGUAGCAUGAUAGUUUUGGGCCAUGUGCAAUGAUUAUAAAUUAGACAUUACAUUGAAGGUGUCUCCCAAAGUUUCAGUCUACAGUCUUUUUUUUUUGUACUCAUUUGACGUUUAAUGUCAUUUUACCUUUAUGUAUUUAAUAUAGUAGCCUUUUGCAUGUUAUCAGCCUGCAGACAUUCCCUGAACUCCUAAAGGUUAAAGAAGAAAGUGCGCAGUUGGUAAAGAUAACUUGAUUAUAGUGUGCAUACAAGUUUUCCAAAAAUAUUAGAUGUUUUGUGGAAGUUGGACAGUAAUGGAAGUUCUAAGAAAUAAUGCUAAAGCAAGCUGGGUUUAUAAAAUGUUAGGUGUUUCUUUUUAAAUAACUGAGACUACUAGCUUACAGUACAUCAAAAAAAAAAAAAAAAGCUCUCCGAUGACCAAAAAUGAAAAUAUACUGUACAAUGCUACUGUUUUUUUGUUUUCUUUUUCUUUUUCUCGAAAGAAGCAUGUUAAUACUCUAAACAAUGCUAGCACAAUGAAAGCUAAAUAUUAUUGAAUAUAUUGAAUAGUUUACACUUAUUUUGAUGGAGAUCACAAUUUUACCUGAAUGGCAACCUGAAUGUACAAUAGACACAUUAUCACUAUAGUAAUUAUAGUUUUUUUUUUUUCUUGGAAGGCAAAACAUUUAGCAGAAUGAUGAUAUAAUGAAAGUGGAUUUUCCCCCCAAAAAAUAAAAUAAAAUAAAGUGCUAAAAACAUUUAGCUAAAUAUCUUUUUUGUUUUCCCCAGAAAAAAAAUGCUUUAAACCACAAUUGGGUGAGUAGGCUAAAUGAAUCUUACUUAUCUUCAGCUUUGGCGUUAAUGAAUGGCGUUGUGGUGUUCUAGAUCUCAUCAACAAAAGCUAGAAUAAAGUUCCAAAUGCAUCUCCUUGGGUUCAGGGUUAGGUUUCGAAUGAAUGACCAGAAAUUCCCCAUUCUGAUCUCCUGAGUCUCUGACAAAUGGUAUAAAAAAAUUCUUGCACUCUGUCGGUAGCUGAUCCUCAUGGCGUUGGACUUCCCUCAGCAGUUUAUCCCUUUUUUCAGCAGUUUGAUAUAAUGCCCACGUCUUUUCUCUGAUGCUUUGAUGCCGUUGUGACAGAAAGGUGACGUCCCCUGCAAAUCAAUGCCCCAGUUGCAGGAAGUGGAGAAUGCACUGGAUGCCUGACUGCCUGCCUUCUGUUGUCCUUGUCAUAAUGCAGUUUACAGCACACAGGAGCCAGAAUAACAACCUUGUCUCUCACCAGACAAUACACUAAAAGACCCUUCGUUUUCCAAUGAUAGCUUUAAAAGCACACCUCUCACGGUCUGUUUAAAUGAUUUGUUUUUCUAACAAAAUUUAUACUUGAAAUGAAUGCCUUUUCAUUUGCUUCACAUGCUUUAAUCAGCUUGAUGAAUGAUGUAAUAAUGUACAGAAUAUGGUAUGAAUAAUUAGCACAUUGAACCUGAAGUGAAAAGUAAUGAAACCAAAGGUAAGCCAAUCAUGUUUUGUUUAGGCAGAAAGGGGUACACUAUCAUUCUUAAUCAUAUCUGACAGGCUUGUCAAUGAAUAGGAUUGAUUAAACUUAACAAAAUAGCUUUUAAAGAAACUAAUUCUUGAAAUCACCAUUAAAUGAAGGAAUACACUAUUCUACUAUAAAAAAAACAUUUUGCUUUACUUCUCAAACCUAAGAAAAUUCUUUUCACUAAUGGUCCCAGAAAGCACCUAGAAACAACCAGAAAAUGCCUUGCCAUGUGAACUGAUGUGAAAUGAGACGGCUAAAGACACAAUAUGUCCAUACAGUAUAUUUUCCAUACUAUUUUUAGGGCUUCGUUAUUAUUGUUCUGAUGCAUUCAGCUUCAAAAUGCCAUUGCAUUAGUCAGCUGAUAAAACGCAUUGAUUCAGACUCUGAGGAUAUCAGCAUUUUUGUCGCAGAUGUCUUUGUUAAAUUAGUUAAAAACUGCACUUUGAUUACAUAAAACAACCAAGUAUAUACUGCAAGAAAUUAAGAAAAUAACCGUUAACUUUCUUAUGACAAAUAUUCCAUGUAGACUGAAAAAAAUCAUAGUAGUAGAUAAUACAUGCUAAUCAUUUUUUUAGAUUUUGUUCUCUUCCAUAUUAUUUUGUUUUCCUUCCAUAUUAUAUUAUUUUCUCAUCAGAAAAUAUUUUUACUCUAAAGAUCAUUAGUAAUAUGGUAAACAGGGUUUUUAUAUUUCAUUUCCAUGGGUUGGAAUGUUUCUCUGUUACUACGUUGAUUUCGCAUUUUACUGUAAAACCUAAAUGGAUGUCAUUUAUUGACUAUUACAUGUUACCAAAUUAAAUUGGUUUGAAAUUUGCAUAUCGUGCUCAUCGAAUGUUUUCAUUGUGUGUUGACACUAUAAUUUUUUAUAUAUAACUUAAAGCCAAUAUAACCAAAAAUUAAAAUGAUGUCAUUAUUUACUCACCCUCUUGCCAUUCUAAACCUCAAGACUGAAAUUCAUAUAGGUUUUCAAGGAUAUGAAGGUGAGUAAAUGUUUACAGAAUUUUAAUUUUUAGCUAUCCUUUAAGUUUACAACUGCCAUAAAAUUAAAUUUAAACAGUUUACAAAGUAGUAAUUAUUGGCUGCAUUUACUGUAUGAAUUAAUUUGUGUAUUCUCUGUAUCAGUGUAAAAAUGUAAUGUCAUUAUGUCAUUUACAACAAUGAUCAAAAAACACUGAAUAAAGUAGUUGAUGUUGCAAGCAAACAGUGAAAAA